CUCCCGUCUUCGUGAAGCGCGCACCUUUAACACACCCAGCCAGCCCAGUCCCGCCCAGACGUCGCCCGCCACUACCUCCUACCACAGCUACCUCCUACCUUACCUCCUACCCAAGGUACUUACUGUACCGACUCUGCCCUCGUCUGUGUCUGUGGACAGCCUUCUGUCUGCCUGGAUCACACUCUCCUACCACCACCUACCACUACCUACUACCUCCUACGAGGUACCUCCUACUACCUGACCUGACCUCUCCUACUAAACUCCUUGACCACGUCCACGUCCACAUCCACAUCCACGCCCACGUCCACGUCCACCACCUGCACCUGCACCUGCCUGUCUGUCACGCCUGCCCUCAGAGUCACGCACGCACGCCCUCAGCAGCAACAGCCGCAGCAGCAGCGCCAGCGUGUUUCACCUCUCUUCACGCUUGGGCACUCUUAAUACCUGACCUCACCCUACCUUAUCCUCCCUCGAUCGCCGUGUGAGGGGUUCUUCGGGCUCGCUCUCUAGUCCACCACCACCACCACUACCACUACUACAUCACUGGUUUGCGCUGCCUCCAGGUCCUUCUGCGAGAACCUUUUACCUGUGCGCACCACGAGACCUCAACCACCACCACCACCACCUCUUCCUCCUCCAACCACCACCACCGCCGCCACUACCACCACCGCUCCCACCAUCACCACCUGCCCGUCGACCAGCCCUCACGCGACUCGCGCGGCUCACCUCACAGGCUUGACCUCACUUCACUUCACCUCGCCUCGCCGACUGACCACCAACCCAUUGAUCUGCUCGUCAGAUUCGGAGUCACCCUUCCGAACGCCCUGCUCCUUCCGUAUCGGCCAAUACCACCAGCCCGUGUGGCACCUGAUCACUCGUCAUUAUACCUGCCUCUCGCACCUUGCACGCCGCUCUACACCCACCUCCGCAACAUCUCGCGCGCUCCGUAUUUCCACCGCCGACCAGAUCUCGCUGGGCAUCUCAUUACCGCCACCACGGAUCUCACUCGCGUCACCGCUGUGCUCUCUCCGCCAAUACCUGAAUAGCAGUCCGCUGUACUCGCGAUAGUACUACGCCGCUGCGCGCGUAACGACACCUCGACCGUCAAAUGUCGCAGAACCGACCUUCGGCUUUUCAAGGUCUCAGAAUGGGAGGUUCCGAAGUGAUUCGCGAGAAGGUGCAGGAUGGCCUGACCGGCGAAACCAAAGAGAUGCAGUACACUCAAUGCAAGAUCGUCGGCAAUGGAAGUUUUGGUGUCGUCUUUCAGACCAAACUCUCUCCUUCGGGUGAGGAUGCAGCCAUCAAGCGUGUCCUGCAAGACAAGCGAUUCAAGAACAGAGAGCUUCAGAUCAUGCGAAUCGUCCGCCAUCCAAACAUUGUCGAGCUCAAGGCGUUUUACUACUCCAACGGUGAUAGGAAAGACGAAGUCUAUCUCAAUCUGGUCCUCGAAUUCGUUCCAGAAACUGUGUAUCGCGCUUCGCGUCACUUCAACAAGCUGAAGAGCACCAUGCCCAUUCUCGAGGUCAAACUCUACAUAUACCAGCUGUUCCGCUCCCUCGCGUACAUCCAUUCGCAAGGCAUCUGCCACCGCGACAUCAAGCCGCAGAAUCUGCUUCUGGACCCGGCUUCAGGUAUUCUGAAGCUCUGCGACUUUGGCAGUGCCAAGAUCCUUGUGGAAAAUGAGCCCAAUGUUUCAUACAUUUGCUCGCGGUACUAUCGUGCGCCGGAACUCAUCUUUGGUGCUACUAACUAUACCACCAAGAUCGAUGUUUGGUCCACUGGCUGCGUCAUGGCGGAGCUGAUGCUCGGACAGCCUCUCUUCCCUGGCGAGUCGGGCAUCGAUCAACUAGUCGAGAUUAUCAAGGUUCUUGGCACUCCAACCAGGGAUCAAAUUAGGACUAUGAAUCCAAACUACAUGGAGCAUAAGUUUCCGCAGAUCAAGCCGCACCCAUUCAGCAAGGUCUUUAGGAAGGCUGACCCUAAUGCAAUUGACUUGAUCUCGCGGUUGUUGGAGUACACGCCGACGCAGCGCCUGUCGGCAGUGGACGCCAUGGUGCACCCCUUCUUCGACGAGCUCAGGGAUCCUAGUACGCGACUCCCGGAUUCGCGACACUCGGGCGGAGCGAGCAAAGACCUUCCCAACUUGUUCGAUUUCUCUCAUCAUGAGUUGUCGAUCGCACCUCACCUCAACGCACAGCUUGUACCAGCCCACAUGAAAUCAGUCCUGGCCGGCAAGGGUCUUGAUAUUGACAACCUGACACCGAUGAGCAAGGAUCAGAUGAUGGCUCGUCUGGACUGAGAGAGCCAUCACCAUUUUCCCUCUUACUCCGAACAAAAGCUUGAGCUUUUAGUCAUGAAGUUACGCAGCGAACGCAUGGUCACAAAUCAGGUCACAGAAGGACGGCGUUGAACGAGCCUGGAGUUCACGGCGCGAGCUCCAUGCUGGGCUGGAUCUACUUGGGAAACGAUACACUUCAUCAACUCUUCAUGCCAGAAACGACACCUAGCGAAAUUUGCUCUGAAUGAUGCUGCUGGUCUCCUCUUCACAAGGUAGAUGUUUCUUGUGGGUGCUGGAAAAGGAGGGAGAGGUGGAAGGUCCUCUCUUCCACUGAAGGGAUCGAGCAAUGCAUCAUGGCGCAUGGGAACCAGAGGACCCAAUGUCUUCUUUUCACAAAAUUUGGCUGAACGGAGAAUUCGGCUGAUUACGACGGAAAAAAUGUUGCUUUCUGAUUGACUUGCUACUCAGAUGGUGAUUGUAGCGCGAGGGCACUGGAGAGGCUUUCGAUAGGCCUCUUCAAGGUAGUAGUACAGCGCCACUGGGCACAGCCUGGAGCGAUAUGCAGUGGCUUUGAUUUCAAGGCCAUUAACAAGUGAUUCCCCG